CCCUCCCGUGAAUCAAAUUCCAAACCAUAAACAGCUGCUUUUAGUUGCUCAUGUCGGUUCUCCAGUGAGUGGAUGUUAAUGAAUACGCCGGAGGAGGAGAUUGAUGAUUAUAUGCCUCGCAGAGACAAAACCCAAAUUGCAUCCGUGCGAGUACAAAAAAAAAAAAAAAAAAUGACGGGCUUCAGCGGAAGGCCGCGAGCAGCUGAGAGGCCUUCGACCCGGCGUGGCAAUAUUCAAAUGCAAAUGAGACAGCGUGACUCACGGGCGUCCUUUAAAAACUCAAACGCGCGUCUGCUCCGUCCAAGCGACUCCUGUCGAAGGCCCUUUUGGAGCGGGCGCGGCCGGCGGGUGUUCAAGUGUGCGAUGUCCUCGCUGAUCGCUCAGCCCUCCGGCGAAGCGACGCAAGCGUUGCCCUCGGUGUCGCCCGGCAUCCAAAGGAGGCACACGCUCCCCGCCAGCGAAGUCAGACCUCUCAACGCGCAGGAUGCCGUCAGUGUGUUCGAGAUUGAGCGAGAAGCGUUCAUCUCCGUGUCAGGCGAGUGUCCACUGCACCUGGAUGAGGUGCGUCACUUCCUCACUCUGUGUCCGGAAUUUUCCAUGGGCUGGUUCGAGGAGGGCCGACUCGUGGCUUUCAUCAUCGGUUCACUGUGGGACCGCGACCGGCUCGCCACUGAGGCCCUGACGCUCCACAAGCCGCGCGGCUCCAACGCGCACAUCCACGUGCUGGCGGUCCAUCGCACCUUUCGGCAGCAGGGCAAAGGUCCCAUCCUGAUGUGGCGCUAUCUCCAGUACCUGCGCUGCCUGCCCAACGUGCGGCGGGCCGUGCUCAUGUGCGAGGACUUCCUGGUCCCUUUCUACCGCAAGAUGGGCUUCAAGGUGCUGGGCCGCUGCGCCGUCACGGUGGGCGCCUUGACCUUCACGGAGAUGUGCUACCCGAUCAGCGGCCACGCCUACAUGAGGCGCAACAGCGAGGCCAUCCGCUUCCCCAACGCUCCCUUGACUUUGCCGCCUCCCCGCGCCAACGACCGGCAGAUGGACGUGUGACGUCUUUGCCCGACACCUAAAUUAACGCGAUACGUCUGUUUCGUUUCUAUUGUAACCCUUGUCGAUGUUAUCCGCAUACCGCACGUGAUGUGCAAUCCAUUUUUUUUAAGGUAUGUCAUUUGAUUUUACUUAACGAAUACAGGAAGUAUUAAAAUAUGAUUAAAAAAAAUGUUAAUAUGGUUCUAGCAUCGGAUCUAGUGCAAGUGUACCUAACAAUACGUCGAUGAAGAAGCACAGGAGUGUGUGAGGGAAGUUGUUUUGUGUGUGAGUCAUGAUAAGCCGUGUCGCGCUUCUGGAAAUAGGCUUGAGCUCCUCAAUCGCUGUUCCUUAGCUCGCGUCAACACGGGGGGGGAUUUAGCGAGCCGCCCAUUAGCUCCUCUUGAGACAUUAAAUUAACGAAAGACAUUCUCUGCGAUCAUGUUGUUUGUGCGCAUCUUACUGUGAAAAUUCAAAUAAAGUGAUUUGCCCAUGCCAGCAGAGGAAUGUCUGUCUGGGCCUCGUUUCA